CGCCCCUCUUCCUCCUCCGCUGGCGUGGCCUGGCCUGGAUCUCAUUCGUCGCCGUCUUCAGCCUCGAAGGAACCCUAGCCCCGCCGUCCCGCCCAGGCAGAUUGAUAGAUGUCGCAGUGCAAUGAAGUAAGGUACACGGCGCGCUCCAUCACGCCCCCGGCGGCGGACAGGGACAGCGCGUCGCCCCCUCCCAAGAGGCGCGCCUUGUCCAAGUCGCCGCCGCUCCCUCCCCCUCCUCCCUUCCCACCCAAAGGGGCGGUACGCAUCCUCUCCUCGAGGUCGCCUUCUAGAAGGCGCAACAGUGCCUCAAGGUCUCCCCUGCCUAAGAGGCGUGGCAGAUCAAGGUCUCCUUCCCCCAAGAGGCGUGGCAGGUCAAGGUCUCCUUCCCCCAAGAGGCGUGGCAGGUCAAGGUCCAGGUCCAGGUCCAGGAACAAGAGCCGCUCCAGGAGUAGAGAUGAUCUAAGGAAUCCCGGGAACAACCUGUACGUCACGGGCCUGUCCACACGCACAUCAAGUUCGGACCUGGAGAAGUUCUUCAGCAAGGAGGGAAAGGUUUUAGACUGCCAUAUCGUUGUCGAUCCUCGCUCCAAGGAACCGCGUGGCUUUGCGUUUGUGACAAUGGAGAAGGUGGAGGAUGCGAGGCGUUGCAUCAAGCACCUACAUCGUUCUGUGCUUGAAGGUCGCCUCAUCAGCGUGGCAAAGGAAAUGGAGAAAAUCUGUGUUCCUUCGCUUUUCUCCUGCUGUCUUCCCCAACUGCAGGGUCCACACUGUUGGGCUGCCUCAUCAUCGAUACUAGGCUGUCUGUAAUAUUACUGAACCAUCAUCGACGUCCCCCGCUACACUGUCUAUCUGCACCGACCUUACUGAACCAUCAUCGACAUCGUCUGGUUCACUGUCUGCACCGACCUUACUGAACCAUCAUCGACAUCGCCUGGUUCACUGUCUGCACCGACCUUAGACCUGAAGCUAUCUUGGGAUCUCGGAGUUAGAAAAGAAAACAGAGAAUGCUGCAGUGCUAUGCAUCACCACCAAACAUAGACCUUGUGUCCAUGUGAUGCUACAAGUAUUGUACUCUUUGUGUACAUCCUUGGAGCUACUGUGGUACGUGUAGUUGGUAUUGUAGGGCUUCAGUGGGCCUGCCGAUAGGACCAAAACGAUGUGCCUUCAUCACUUGGCUCGAUCUUUUUAUGCAAGAGUAACUGUGACCUAUAAUGAGGUUGAAUUCCCAUUUGGUGCUGAUGUUUUCAUAA